UUAAGUUACUACCGUUACUGUUAACUAAACAGCUGAUAAUUAUCUGUCGAGCCGCUCAAUUGAAAUAAGUUUUGAAGAAUUUUUUAUUGUUUGCCAUGGAGCUGCCUCCGCGUAUUGUGUAUGUGUGUAGUUUGUGCCUGCGGCAAUAUGAUUUACUGGAGGAUCUGCGUGGCCACAUGAUGCUAUACCACAAGUGUGAGCCAAUAACACCAACGUCCAGGCAAGGCGCGUUGCCAAAGCAAAAUGCCAAAAACACGGAGUCCCAGGAUCAAAAUGAAGAGUCCCUGGCGCCGCCACCACCUGCCGAGCUGCAGCCACUGCCGUUUAGAGACUUUCGGGUGGUGUUGCAUGCAAAUCAGCAAUUGCAUUGCGAUGCCAGCAGCGCCUGCAUCUACAAGUUUGAGGACAUUCAAAAGCUGGCAAUGCACGGCAAGUGCCACAAGGACGCCGGCUUCAGUUGCAGCGAGUGCGGUGCAGAUAUGCCCAACUGGCGCCGCUGCUCCCUACAUCUGUGGAAGGUGCAUCACUUGGAUGUGGAUCUGCUGCAAUGUCCCGCACUCGGCUGCGACUACAAGUCGCCCAUCUCGGCGCUCGUCUGGCGGCACAUGCGUGUGCACAGGAAAUGGCGCGCCAGGGUCAUGCGCCGCGAGCUGCUGCUGCGUCGGCGUGCCCAGAAGCAGCAGCAGCAGCAGGAGGAACAGCAGCAGCAGCAGCAGCAACAGCGGAGCGAGGCGACAGCAUCGCAAGCAUCGCAGCCACAGGCGGCCGCCACAGCUAAGAAGAACAAAUAUUAUGCGGAGAAAACAUGCGAGAUUUGUCAACGCAAAUUUGUCAAUGGCAAAACGCUCUCCAAGCACGUGAAGACCGUGCACAACAAGAUAAAACCUUUCAUUUGCAAUGUCUGCGGCAAGAAGACAGCGCGCAAGGCUAGCCUAAUAAUACAUAUGCGCCAGCACACGGGCGAAAAGCCGCUAAAGUGCGAGCAUUGCAAGUUCUCCACGCGAGAUCCCAGCUCGCUUUACAAGCAUCGCCAGCGACACGCCAGCCCGGCGGCUGCUCCGAAUCCCAGGAUGGAAAGCCAACUGGGCUAGAUCCGGAACUGGGAAUAUAUAUAUAUAUAUAAAGCAGUAAGCCGUGAACAGAUUUGAUUUGAAUUUAA